GCUUCCGGGCCAGAGGAGGCCGGGCAAGCGAGAUGGGGAAGAUGGCGGCAGCCAUGGGCUCUGUGGCGACACUGGCGACGGAACCUGGGGAGGACGCCUUUCGGAAGCUUUUCCGCUUCUACCGGCAGAGCCGCCCCGGGACCGCAGACCUGGGAGGGGUCAUCGAUUUCUCGGCGGCCCAUGCAGCCCGCAGCACGGGUCCUGGUGCCCACAAGGUGGUCAGAUCUCAGCUAAAUGUGUCCUCAGUCAGUGACCACGAUGCAUACAGAGCAGGACUUCAGCCAGUCAGCAAGUGGCGAGCCUACGGACUCCAAGGAUAUCCUGGGUUUAUUUUUAUCCCAAACCCCUUCCUCCCAGGUUACCAGUGGCACUGGGUGAAGCAGUGCCUUAAGUUAUAUUCCCGGAAACCUAAUGUAUGUAACCUGGACAAACACUUGGUUACAGAAGAGACCCAGGAUUUGUGGGAACAGAGCAAAGAGUUUCUAAGGUAUAAAGAAGUGAAUAAACGGAGACCCCGAAGUUUACUAGAGAAACUGCGCUGGGUGACCCUAGGCUACCAUUAUAACUGGGACAGUAAGAAAUACUCAGCAGAUCAUUAUACGCCUUUCCCUUCUGACCUGGCUUUCCUCUCAGAGCAAGUAGCCGCUGCCUGUGGAUUUCAGGGUUUCCGGGCUGAAGCAGGUAUCCUGAAUUACUACCGAUUAGACUCCACACUGGGGAUCCACGUAGACAGAUCUGAACUGGAUCACUCCAAACCCCUGUUAUCAUUCAGCUUCGGACAGUCUGCCAUCUUUCUCCUGGGUGGCCUCAAAAGAGAUGAAGCUCCCACCCCCAUGUUUAUGCACAGCGGUGACAUUAUGGUAAUGUCAGGUUUCAGCCGCCUGUUGAACCAUGCAGUCCCAAGGGUCCUUCCCAGUCCUGAAGGGGAAAGCCUGCCUUGCUGCCUUGAGACUCUACUCCCAGCUGACCUCCCUAGAGACUCAGUGGUGGAGCCCUGUUCUGUGGAGGACUGGCAGGUGUGUGCUAGCUACUUGAAAACUGCUCGUGUUAACAUGACUGUUCGACAGGUGCUGGCUGUAGGUCAAGACUUCCCUUUGGAACCCAUGGAAGAGAAUAAAAGAGACGUCACCACAGGUUUCUGCCAUCUCGACGAUGAGACCAGCCAAGUAAAACGGGCUAGGUUAAACCCUGACUGCUGAGACUUGGAGAGCCCAUUCUUUUACUCAGGCAGGUCUUAACAGUAAAUGACCAUGCUGUUUUGUAUUACCAUAAACUUUAGCACCAAGCCAAAAACAGAGACAAGGAAAAACUCAUCAUUGAUCACACUGUUGCCUUGGAACCCACCCAGAAGAGAAAACUGAUUAACCGCUUGUUCAGAGAAGUGUUUGUCAUGGUCCAGUCCAGAUUAGGUUUUGGUACUAAGGUAUGCGUGAAGUCCAAGGAGGUGUGACCUUCCACAACAGCCUUCUCAGCCUGUGCAGUUACCUCUGAGGGAGGUAGAAGUGUUUCCAUGUCUAUCGAGUCUUUAAAUACCUCAGGUUUUAUUGAUGGGAAACAUAAUACCCCUCUCACCACCCAUCUAGUGAUUUGUGGUAAAAUUGUGGUUCCAUAAACCAACCAAUAGUCUUACCUUCUUAAUUCUUUCAUUCAACAUCAAAUUCUUUGAUCUUCUCUGACCUUCACAGAAGAGUCCUGUACACAUUAAGACAGUGGAACUGAAAAUCACAUCCCCUGGAAAAGAAAUUAAUCACAGCUAUCUCUCUUGCUUAAAAGAUAAAUACGUCUAAACCCAAGGAAGGAGGAACAGUAGUUUCUCCAGACGUCUUUUAGGUCUCUAAGCUUUUCCCGUUGGCUUUUAAACGCAAUUUUAAUUGUUGGACUAAGAAAGUCCAAAGGGUAUUCUGUAACUGUUUUCUCCAUGAAUAAACUUACUCAGUUUUAAAUUAAAGAUCUGUAUCUCUUUUUGAGGGUAAAUGUAUCUGUGAUUGGUUUUUUUUUCCCCCUGUUUUCACUUGCUGUAUUGUUCAUGCUUUUGAAGCCCUCUAGCUGUUUCUGCUCUAAGUAUUCUUUGUGGCUGUCUCACCGGAGAGAAUAUUCCUUGAUAUUCCAGUCACUGCUGUCUUUUUUGAUUAUAGACAGCUUGGAAAAUGCACAAAGCACUGAGCUUUAAUCUGUGUACCCCCAACAACUCAACUCACGGUACCCUGGGCUAAGUUACCUUACAUUUCUCUGGGCCUCAGUUACCUCAUUUGUAAAAUGAAGAUAAUAUUUACUACCAUCUUCCUUAAGGGUAUUGAUAUUUCAAAUGAUAAUGGGAAUUUCAUGCUCCUUUCUAGAAACAUGAUAUGCCGAUAAUUUAUUAUUAUAUAGACUCCUAGAAACAUUCCAGCUUAUUCGUUUAUGUGGACAAGUGACCAGAAGCUUCUUUGAUACCUGCUGUUUGUGACAUGUCUUGCCACAUUUGCAUCUCAUUUGUCCUGCCUUUUAUUUCUUAUGAGCAUUUUUGAAGGAAUAAAAAUAGACGUAUCCCUUAUUUGUAACAAGGUUCUAAAAUUAGUAGGUGAUAGGAUAAUUUUCUAUCAUUAAAAUUACCACUGGAAAAAUCCCUUAAAUUUUCCUUAAUGUCCUUUAUAUGAAUACUGUUUACAUUAUUUGUGACCCACUGAAAACCCACAUGUCAUUUAGUAAAUCCAGCAGUCACUUUGUCCUUCAGCAUUAGAACAAAUCACUCUCCAGUCAGUUGAUUAUUAGGUGAAGGUGUUGGCUUGUGUUCAGGGGCAGUGUUCUACAAAAAAAUACAUACCCAAACUGUAAACUCACACUCCAGGAAAUGAGAUACAUGUGCUAUGAGAAGCGUGUGGAAACUGAGGCCAGCCAAGAGAGAGCAGAUUCCUCUCCUAACCCAGGCUUCCUCGGGGGAUGUGCUCAUGAGCUCACUUGUGGGGGCAAGGGGGGGCUUAGCACAAUUAAGCACUCUCAUUUUUAUGUGUAUUUAUUUCUGUGAGGCACAUAUAGUUGAAGAUGUAUAUAAUACAACUCUAUUUUUGACAGCAGAAAAUUACACAACUCAGAAAAAAGGAAAAAUUGGCAAUUUUUCUACAUUUAAAUGAGGAUGAGUCCCUCCACCCCCGCCCAGUUUGUUCUAGUUGUCAACCAGAUAUUUGCUAAGUCAGGUCAGCAAACUAUGACUCACCCCCUGUUUUUUUACUGCGCAUGGACGAAGAAUAGUUUCUACAUUUCUAAAUGGUUGGGGGGAAAAAUCAAAAGAAGAGUAAUAUUUUGUGACACAUGAAAACUACAUGAAAUUCAAAUUUCUACAUCCACAAAUAGUUUUAUUGGAACACACCCGCAAUAAAUCAUUUACAGGUUAUCUGUGGUUGCUUUCAUGUUAAAAUGGCAGAGUUGAAUAAUUGCAACAGGGACCAUGUAGCCUACAAAGCCUGAAAAAGAUAGCAUUUAGCCUUUACACAGAAUGUUUGCUGACACCCAGAAAGGGAACUAGACCCCUAAAAAGGAACCUGAAACCAAGAGAAGGGCCCAAGGAGAAGUUGUGUUUGUUUCUUUAUUAUUUCAUAUCAAAAAUGCCAGGGUAGAUAUUCAGUGUGACCAAGGAUGUACGUGGUAGGAAGGGUGGAGUCACAAAUGUUAGACCCGGGAAAAUUGGCACUCUAAUACUGUGCUGGUGGGAACGUAAAUUGCUGUAGCCUCUAAGGCUCAGUUUGGCGUCAUACGACAUGUAAUUCUACAUCCCAGUUUGGACAGGGCUGUCCUGAAUGACGUUCCCUUUUCCUCUCUGAAGGGUUCUGGUUUGAUGAUAAAUAAUAUAUAUCAUCCUAAUUAUGUUCUAAAACGUGUACCAUUUGAACCUAUAAAUUUCACUUCUAGUUAAGUCUAAGGGAGUUAUUGAAGCUGUCCACAAGAUUUUUGUGUAAGAAUAUAAUAGUGAAAGUUUGAAAUAAGUUCAGUAUCCAGCGAUGAGGAGUUGGUUGAUUAAAUUCGUGUAUUUGUUCAAUAAAUGGUUAUUGAGCACAGUUCUAUAUGAGUCACUGUUCUUUGCUCAAAAGGACCUGUCUUUGUGGUACUUAUAUCCUAAUGGGUGUGACAUAACCAAACAGUGGAAAACUAUAGCUAUUAAAAGUCAUGUUUUGGAAGAACAAGUACAGAUAGGAGGAAAUACUUGUAUUAAUGAGAAAAUCCAGUUGUGAAACCAUGCAUAGUAACCUAAUUCUGUAUAGAAUGUUCACCUAUUAAAAAAAAAAAA